AUGUGUAAUAUUGUAAAAGAGAUUCAAAAUAUAUCAUUGCAAUUGUCUGGUGGUAAUAGAAGAUCAUUCAAUUAUAAUAAUAUUCCUUCAUUGGAUUGGGUUGUAAAGAAUCAAACUGGUAAUCUGUUACAUGAUCUUUGUAAAGAAAUAGGAGGAAGAAGAGGAUUGGACAAAUUACAAGUUGGAUGGGCAACUUUAGAUAUGGUGAUUGCAAUUUGCUCACCUCAUCUCUAUCAUCCAUCCGUAUGCUUUAAAAUGGAAUCAUUUGAUAUAAUCUAUCAAUACUAUGAAUCUGCCUUUAAAGAUGAACACUAUGCUGUUGACUGUGCCGUUUCAAGUCGUAAUCUACAACUUGUCAAUUAUCUAGUCAAUAUUCAUAAUGUACCAUUCACUACUCGUUCCAUUGAUACUGCAUCUUUAAAUGGUGAUUUAGAUAUUAUCAAAUUAUUAAUUAAUAAUAAUACUAACCAAAAUACUAAAAUUAAAUUUACAAAUCAUUCUUAUGAUAAUGCAUCAAUGAAUGGUCAUUUGGAUGUAUUGAUUUAUUUUGAUGGGUUGAGAGAGAUAGGAACAACAACCUAUAGAGUAGAUUUUACAGUUGCUGCAAUAGAUGGAGCUGCUAAAAACAAACAUUAUCAUGUGAUUGAACAUAUACUGACAAAGUAUGAAAAUGAUAAAGAAAUGGAUGGAUGUUUAUUCACAGAGAGGGCAUUGGUUGAAUGUGCUGCAAAUAAUAAUAUUGACAUGUUGGAAAGGUUAUUGGAAUUUUCAAAACAUCAUCAUCAAUUGGAUGCAAUUGCAAAAGGUGGGAAAUGGGCAAUUGAUGCGGUGACUAUUGCAGCUGAACAAGGUCACUUAAAUAUGGUCAAACAUCUAUUUGAAAGACCUGGUUUGUUGUAUGGUGUUCCACCUCAAACUCUUCUAUCGGCAAUCAGAGGUAACCAUAUUGACACUAUCAAGUACUUGGAUCAGACAUCUGAACCAAUCCCCAUACCCAUCCCAAACCCAACCGUCGACAUGUACAAAUAUCUCUAUGAAAAGUAUCCAAAUGCAUCAAAAGAAAAAUAUCAUUGGUUGUUACAACAAGUAUGCUCAUUGACCGAUGAUUCAUUAAAAAGAAUGAAUUUAAUUAAAACAAUUGUCAAUGAUAACAACGGUAUUAUCGGUAGUAGUCUAUGUGAAAUACCAAACUUGUUGGAACUGUCUAGUCACAAUGUAGAAAUGAUCAAGUAUUGGAUACAAGAGAAAAAUAUUCAGCCUUCUCAAGACGAUAUCGGAAUGAUUCUUUUGCUCCACGGUGCCAAUACAGAGUUUGUCAAAGAGUUGUUGGUUUAUUUAAAACAUUUUAAUGUUUCAUUUAAUACCAUUCCAAAUCUUUGUAGUCGUGGACUUGUGGAUACUCUAGAAGUUAUAUUUACAAACUCGACUUCGGUACUACAACAACUCGAUUUGGAACAAUCAAAAGAAUGUUUGAUUGAUGCUAUUUCGUCGGGAUCAUUGGAGACUGUUAAAAUGGUGAUCAAACAUCUUCCACAAUUACAUAAACUUGACCAUACCACUCAUACAGAUAUCCUAUCAGAGAUUGUAUUACCACCAAUUGGAGAGUGUCAUCUUGACGUAUUUAAAUAUUUGGUAGAGGAUCGAUUCAAGUUUAUACUCGAUGAAGGGUAUAUUUAUACGUCCAAAACAACUGCAUUGGAACAAAUAUUACAUUUAGCUGAAAUGAUACAUCGACACUGUCCACUUGUCAAAGCUAUCAAUCCAUUGGUAUUGUUGACCCACGGUAACAUUCGAUUCUAUCUAAAAGUAUUAAAGUGGAAUAGAGAGAUUGACGAACAAUCACUACAAGAAAGACAAUGGAUGGAGAAAGUGGAGAAAAAACCAAAGCUCGAUAUUAGAUGGUAUUUACGUCUUGUUGAAAAGGGUAAUAUUGCAUUGGCAGACUACUAUACUGCCAACUCGAUCGUCACAGUGCCAACCAAUACUGCUAUACAUCCAAAAUGUCAACGUCCACAUAUUAAAACAAUCAAAUAUAUACAAACAUUGGCUCAACAAGCCGCUGCCAACAAUAAUAUCACUAUCCUCAGACACUUGGUAACAUCUUUUAAAAUGACAUUGGCUACUCCUCAAAUACAACAACUUAAAAGUGAGGGUGGGUCGGCUAUGGCCAACGAGCCUUAA